GGUGCUGGGAGGAAGGAGGCGGGCAGCAGGCAGAACAAAGCCCCGAGACCAGACAGACACCUGGGCGUGGAUGCUCCUAAAAUCCCAGGCACUGCUACCUCCAUUUUGAUCCGGGAGCCGGGGCUGAGCAGCUGCUGCUCCCCACACCCCAAUGGGGUCUGUGCUGGGGGGAGCCCCUCAUUAACCCCUCCCUGCCCAGCCGGGCGGGACUUUCUCCAGCUGGGACCAGCCCCCUGGGCAGCAGACUGCAGACUAACGCGGCUUCCCCUCUGAUACGUGACACCAGGCAAGUGUGAACUGGGGGAGUCUGAACUGUCUCUGGGAAGGCAGGAGAUUUCAGGGGGAGAAGACCAGGGGAAGAGGAGACUUGGAUUGAGCUUCCUGGCUGAGAUGCUGUUGUUUCCUCCACUGUUAUCUGGAAGCCCAAGUUGAGCUGCUCCUUCUGUCCCAGUGGGAUCUGUGCUAGAAAGUGACUUUACUUAAAAUUUCUUCUGUGCUGAGCCAAGGGACCGGUGAUCUUCGAGGAGGUGGCUGUGUAUUUUACGAAGGAGGAGUGGGCUCUGCUGGACCCUGCUCAGAGAGCCCUCUACAGAGACAUCAUGCAGGAGAACUAUGAGACUGUGACCUUGCUGGAGUUUCCAGUUUCCAAACCUGAUGUGAUCUCCCAGCUGGAACAAGGGGAUGAGCCAUGGGUCUCAGACCUCCAGGGCUCAGAGGAACAAGAGAUCCUGAGAGGUGCCUGCACAGCAGGUGGUGGGAUGGUGAGUGAUAAUGAGAAGCAGAAUCCUCAGCAGAAGGCGGCUGAGCAUGUGGACCUGCACGGGGUAUUGUUGCAAAGAUCCAAACAGAAUGUGUCCAGGAGUCAUGAGCAGCAAAAAAGUUGGGAGAGUCAGCACAGACCAGAGAGGCAGCAGGGAAAUCCGCCAGAAGAGAAAGUGAGUAAAUCCAUUAAUAUUCAGGGAACUCAUAAGGACCUCAAGGGAACCACAGGUCAGCACAGAAUCCUCACAGAAGAGAGAAAAAACACAUGCACUGAGUGUGGGAAAAACUUCCAUAGAUGUGCAGACCUUAUUAAUCAUGAGAGAAUCCACACAGGAGAGAGACCCUAUGAAUGUAGUCAGUGUGGGAAAACAUUCACUCAAAGUUCAGCUCUUACUAGGCAUCGGAGAAUCCAUACAGGGGACAGACUCUAUGAAUGCUGUGAAUGUGGGAAAAACUUAUCUGACAGAUCAACCCUUAUUCAGCAUCAGAGAAUCCACACAGGGGAGAGACCAUAUAAAUGCAGUGAAUGUGGGAAAAGCUUCACUGACAGGUCAGGCCAUAUAUAUCAUCAGCGAAUCCACACGGGGGAGAGACCCUAUAAAUGCGGUGAGUGUGGGAAAACCUUCAUUCAGCGCACAACCCUUGUUACACACCAGCGACUUCACACAGGAGAGAGACCCUAUGAAUGCCAUGAGUGUGGGAAAAGCUUCACCUGCAGCUCAACCCUUGUUACACAUCAACGAAUCCAUACCGGGGAGAGACCCUAUGAAUGUUAUGAGUGCGGAAAAAGCUUCACUCAGAGCUCAGCCCUUAUUACGCAUCAGAGAAUCCACAGUGGAGAGAGACCAUAUGAAUGCAGUGAGUGCGGGAAAAGCUUCACUCAGAGCUCAGCCCUUAUUACACAUCAGAGAAUCCACAGCGGAGAGAGACCCUACGAAUGCUGUGAGUGCGGGAAAUGCUUCACUCGGAGCUCCGUUCUUCUUUAUCAUCAGAGAAUCCACAAGGGAGAGGAACACCAUAAAAAACUUGUCUAGAGCCGACAAAAUUUUUUAUCUUUAAUAUUUUUGCUCAUUCCCAUAGUGAACUUUAAAGCUAUUUGCACCAUUUCCUUCACUGUGGUAUUUCAGCUCCUCUAGGUGAGUUGUCUGUUUUUGCCUUCUUCAGCUCCACCCCUUUGGGGGUGAAUCCCAUGAUCCUUUCUGUCAACUCCAUAGUCCUAUGCAUCACUUUUCAAUGGAGUUGGCUAGCUUGAGUUAGGUUUUUACAUCAUGAUAGGUAACUGCUCUUUCAGAAAGGACAUAAUCUGGACACUGUACAUGGGUUAUCCUCAUGUCCUGACCUAACCUCCUUUUCCAAGUCUAAGCAAGGAUCAAAUUUAUACUCUUCUUUCCACUGCAAAAUGAUUGUUCGAGCCUCCAAAUUCACCCUUGGGCACAGAUUGUCUCAUUCCUAGUUGUACAUACAUUGCCCUGGGGUGUGCUGAAUAAGAAUUGUUUUGGUAUCCUUUUUCUCAUAUAAAAUAGAUUUAAAUAUAACAAAGAGCAGAAGCAGGAGUGGGCAGGGGGGAAGAGGGAAGUGUCAUUUCAGGCUCUGGGACACGUGAAAAAGUUGGAGGGAUUCUAUGCUUCCCCAUCACUCCAGCAUUCUUACCUUCUGUCUGAGCUAUGUAACGUUUAUGUUCUUCACAUUUUAGCUCUCCACUCCCAAAGUGUCAUGUGAGUGUCUUCAGCUUUCAUAGUUUCACAAAUUUUAAUGCCAGAAGGGACCAUCGCGAUCAUCUUGUCUGAUCUCUGCACAUUGCAGGCCAGAGAAACCCAUGCACUCACUCCUGUAAUAGGCCCAUAACUGCUGGCAAGUUAGUUAAUCCACCGCCCUGAGAGGUGGUAGCCCUCCCACUGACAUAGCACUGUCUACACAGGGGAGGAAGGGUAUUACUAUAUCGCUCAGGGCUGUGGAUUUACACCCCAAUCAAUGUAGUUAUACCAAUAUUGGGCUGUAGUGUAGACCAGACCUAACUCUCCAUUUGUAAGGUAGGUUCUCCAUUCCUCCAAUCAUCCUAGUAGCCCUUUGUGAUUGGGAAUUGUCCUUUGAUUUGUUUGAUCCUAAAUCAGACUCAUUAGAGAUGGAGGUGAAGUGUCACCAACCUGGAAGGGGAAUCUGAAUGGAUUCCAAACACAGUGUGAUGAGUCAGCAUUGAAAUCCCAGUUUCCAUCUAUGGGCAAAGUCACUCCUGAGGUUUUUCCCGCUGAGUUAGGAUUGUUUGCAGGAGGAAAUUUGGGCUGUUUUCCCUAUUACAAUGAUGUUAAACCUUUAGUAAAUAACAUGACUAAUAAUAAUGAAACUGCACUGGGUGAAGUAGGUUUGAACAGAUCAGAGGAAAACAGAAUGGGGAGAAUCUCUUGUCCUGAUUCUGAGUCAUCAGAUGUAACCUGCUCUGGAAUUUCACUUUAUAUGAAAUUUAAAUUGUUUUAUACCUCCUUGGGAUGUGGGUUUUUCUUUCUUUCUGAAGUCUGUUUGGUUACGUAACUGGAUAUGAAUUUUGUUUGACAGAAUGUAGCUCAGAUUUAUUUUUGGGGACUUUGAGAUAAAUGAUGAUUUGCUAAAAUAGGCAGGGAUGGUGUCCUUAGCCUCUGUUUGCCAGAAGCUGGGAAUGGGUGACAGGGGAUCGAUCAUUUGGUGUUUACCUGUUCCGUUCAUUCCCCCAAGGGCACCUGGCAUUGGCCACUAUCGGAAGACAGGAUACUGGGCUCUGACCCGGUAUGGCUGUACUUAUAUUCUUAUGUUCUUACUUUAUAUUUUCCUUUUUCCCUACCCGUCCAUGAUGAUAUAGGGAAAGUUCCAGUCACCUGGAGAGCAUACUCCAAGCUACUGGACAUGCUAACAAAAAAAAGUAGCAUUUUUAAAUCUCCACUCUGAAACGGUGAACAACAUCAGACUAUGCAAAGGAUGCAACUAUCUGAAGUAACUGCAUGUGAUCACAGUAAUAUUCAGUAGUUUAGGUCAGUAUAGUCUCAGAUGAUCUGGAAUCAGAAUUCCACCGUAAGUGACUUGAAACUAGCCAAAAUACCCAUGUAUUUGAUCCCCGAAGCAGCUGUGACUCAGGCCUUACAGAAGAUUACUUAUGAAGAUAUCUCCUGCAUAAUCAAAUAACAUGGGAGAUAUUGUCCCUAACUAUGCAGAUACAGAGGAAAUAAGAUUGGUGGGUUUUUUUGAACUCGCCCUUUGUAGGUGCUGUAAAUGUGUAUAAAAGUAAAUCAGUUUUGAAUGUGAGAUAGUUGCAGAAAAGUAUCUAUUUUUAAUAGAAAUCCCACCUCUCCUAGUUUACAGAGAUUCUGAUCUAAUUUAGACAUGUGCCACCAGAUUAAAGAAAUACAUUUGUCCUGUUUGGAGAUGCCAUCCUCACUAACACUGAUGAAAUAUUGCAUGGUUUGGUGAAGAAUUCUACUCCAGAGAAGUAUAAAUUUACCCCAAACAAGGCCAAGGAUUUGGCAAGAACUCAGGUAGAUAUAGCAGGUACCCGAUGGUCAGAUUUCACCCCCAAAAAGGAAGCUAUGAUAAACUAUGAUCCAGGUAAAAUUGCUUUUAGAACACCCUUCACUACUUCAAUGUCACUGAUUACAGUUCCAGAGGAUGCCAUGGUUAGAUUUGGAAUUAUUGCCCUUUUCCAUUUGGAUCCAAAGUGUCAUAAGCUAAAGAGUAAAACUGUUGAUAUCUUCAGAGAACACUUCUUUCUUGUGGAUCCCAGUCUCUUUUCCUGGUUGGGCAGCAAGGACUUCUGUGCUGUGCCAGUGAUUGUAACCACCAAGGGAAUGACUUUAUCAGCUUCCAAGUUCAGAGUGCAGCAUACACAAAUGUUGUGUUCUGUUUCUGUGGUUUUGUCUCUUAGUUUUGCUCUUGUUUCUUAUGCAUUUGCAUCACUUCUCCACCAUCUCCUGCUACUCUGAAAGAUUAAAAAGUGUGAAAAUAGAGUACAAGUGUUUUUCCUUAUGAUGCAAACCUGCCCACCUAGUGUGAGACAUCUUCCACCAACCCUUACAGCAGGUGAUCCCCAGGUAAAUGAACUCACACAAGUUAGAGACACCAAUGUUGGGGAGAACCACAGCUUUACUCAAGGGUUCACUGGGUGGAAAUGGGGAGUGAAAAGAAAAGUAAAACCUAUAAUAGGGUUUUGUAAUCUUUGAAUAUGUUACUGUUGACAAUGAAAAUUAAAUUAAACAUGCAGUUAAUUAUUAGUUAGAGUAAGAGACUAAUUAUGUGAUCAUUCAAAUUAGACUGGAAAUUAUCAGGUUUUUUUUUUAGAAAUAUAAGACAUGGUGGCUAAUCCUGAAAAAGCUUAUUUGAUGUAAUUUACCCCCUUUGGACUAAAGAGUUCUGAAUUAGUGUCAGUCUAAAUAUUGGGGUGGUGGAAUAUGUGAGAGAUGUAUAUGAGAUUAAAGACCUGGUAUAGACUUCAGUUAUUUCUAUUUCAAAUGAAAUUUAUUUUGAUAAACUUUAAAGUAAAUUUCUGUUAAGAGGAAAACUACUUAAGGAGAUAAGUUUUACUUUAACCUUUUACUCAUGGAGAUUGUGAGGGUCACUGAGUUCCCCACUUCCCUUGUUUGCAAAGGAAAGAUAUGACAUCUCUCAUGAUAUAGCCACAUUUAUUUUUAAACUUGGUGAUGGAUGCAUGAUGCAAUGAGUAGCUUUGCUGUUAAAAUAACCUUCCAAAUAGCUAUUUUUAUGGGUGCUGAGACACUUUGAACCCUGCGGUCAGUCUAUGGAAACCUUUUCAAACUCAUCUUGAUGAUCUUUCAUUUUUGAUAUCUUUGGGUUUUGCACAUUCAUGCUGAAUGUGGUUUGCCACAAUACAUAUCUUGAGAAAAAGGCUGGGUUAAACGAGACUUUUCCAAACUUAUGCUAGCCCAAGAUCUGCCUCAUUCCAACCAGAUUGUCCACGUUGUUGGUAUCUGAGGCAUACUUCACACCUGAUUUGCUCCGAGAUCUUGGGGAGGCACUGUAAAGCGGGGUAAGCUAGAAUCAUCAACUGCAAAAAUCAAGAUAAAGGUUGAAGUCCUUCAACUUUCAGGUCAACAAGAUAUCUGAGAGAGACUGAUGCCCUCUGGGGAGGGAAAUCAUGAUAUCAAUGACAAGCUGUGCCAACAUCGAUUAGUCUCCCUGUACCUGGGAAAGUCUUCUACUACACAUGAGUCGACAGAAUAAGAGAGCUGGAGCGCUCCAACUCUGCUAUUUUAGUAGUUUAUUGUUCCUUUAUUUUUUUUUCAUUCAUUUGUAUAAUCUGGGGUAUGCCCCCCAACUUUCUAUCAUCCUAGGUGUGACAGGGUGGUUCAAUGAAUACAUCUGUGUUGAUCACCUGUAAAAUCCACACUGGGAAGAUGCCAGAAGGAAAAGUUCCCCACAUCUUUUGUGUCGCAGUUGUUACAUUUCCACUGACUACAGCCUUGAUAAAGGCUGUAUCUGUGUUGGAGUGGGAAGGAGAAGGAUUUAGUCACACGACAGUGAAAUCUGAGGUGGAAGCUUUAAUUGGCUUUGAGUUUGUAGCUUAAAUGUGAACAAUCAUUUGAUAUCAAUAUUGAAAUAUUCAUUGGUUUCAGUGUGGCUUGAGCUACCAGGGUGAAGUUCUCUGACUGGGGUUUAUGACUAAAUGGACAGCCUUCUCACUGGAUUACUCUUCUAAAAUAGAUGAGUUGUUUAUCUGUUGUAUUCAUCUGAGGAUUAGAUUAAACUGAUGACUUGAUUCCAAAGCAAUAUCAUUGUUCACUCCUUGAUUUACUGGUUCAACUUGAACUUUGAUAACUGUGUGUUCAACCCAUAAUAAGUUGAGUUACGUUUAUCAUAGUUUAGCCUUUGUGAUGUAUGUUCUUGAUUUUCUUUGUUCUUUAUAAUAAAAUGUCUCAAAGGGAUGUUAAGUCAUGUUUCUGUCAAUAAACAAUAUAGGCAGAAAUGUAGAGAAUCUGGGUGGAGAUAAAGUGGCCCACUUCGGAGCUGAAUCUGCAACCUGUCGAUUAACCCUUUGGUUUCCCACAGGAGAGCAGCUGAGGAGGGCAUUGAUCUCCGCUCCAGUUGCUCCUCAGGGGAUUUGAAGCAUUGCAAGGGAAAAUGAGCUCCCCCACCUAGGCUUGUGGGAGUAGGGAAUGGAGGUCAAUG